AUGACAUUUUUUGUUUAUUCACAGAUGAGGGGACGUGGAAGGGUUAGCAAGCCCAGAGGACGGGUUCAACUUCCUGCAAGUGCAAGUCAAGAGGACGCAAAUACAGAUGACGGACAAGUGAAUGAUGCGCAUAUACCACGGGCACCGACGGGACUUGGGGAUACGGAACUUCAGAUAUGGGUACCACUUGCAUCCAGUGUACAGCCAUCUCAUAUAGAUCGAUCAUAUACACCAGUUACACCAUCUGCCGAUGCACAGCUUCCCCGUCCCCUUCCACCACCUCACCGUCACAGUUUACAUCCUCACCACCCUACUGCAGCUCCACGACCACCGGUAUCACAUACACAUUCACCUCAUUCUGCAUCCCCUUCUGGUACUGCAUCCGCUAGAGGGACAGGAUCUGCAUCAGCAUCUACUCCAUCAUCUGCUCCUGCAUCUGCUCCAGCAUCAGCUGCAUCAACCACUGCUGUAGGCGAAACACAGUCAUUCCGACAGACUAUUUCACUCAUUAACAACAAUUUGCAUCCGUCGGAGAUGUGCAGCCGCAGGAUAACUCUGAUAGUGAAAGAAAGAUUGGUCGAGGAAGGCCACUGUUGGAAGACUGUGCCCAAUGAAACCAAGGAGUUUUAUUGGCAGGAAUUCAAGGUGAAGCAUAAUUAUUUUAUCAGUUUAUCAUCUAUUUAUGAACUGUUUAAUUACUAUCUAAUCAUAAAAUGUAAUCUUUUUGCAGAAAUAUUUUCUAUGGGACCAAGCAAUUGA